ACAAAUAAUGGAUGGAUGGCCCCAAAGCGGUAUAGUUACUCCGAUGUGAAGAAGAUGACUCAUUGGUUCAAAGAUCAAAUAGGUAAAGGAGGAUAUGGCACAGUAUACAGAGGAAAGCUACCUGAUGGCCUUCUGGUGGCAGUUAAAGUCCUAAGUGAGUCCAAGGGUAAUGGAGAAGACUUCAUUAAUGAAGUUGCUAGCAUUGGUAGAACUUCCCAUGUCAACAUAGUCACUCUUUGUGGAUUCUGUUAUGAGAGGGACAAAAGAGCUUUGAUUUAUGAAUUCAUGCCUAAUGGAUCUCUGGAUAAUUUCAUACGUAAGCAAGGAUCUGAAAUGGCAAAUUCUCGCUUAGAAUGGAAAAAACUAUCUGAAAUUGCAGUCGGCAUUGCCCGAGGACUAGAAUACUUACACCGCGGAUGUAACACAAGAAUUGUGCAUUUUGACAUAAAGCCACAGAACAUUCUUUUGGACAAAGAUUUUUGCCCAAAAGUAGCUGAUUUUGGCCUUGCCAAAUUGUGCAAAACGAAGGAGAGUAUCGUAUCGAUGCUGGGGACAAGGGGAACUGUAGGAUACAUCGCACCAGAAGUAUUUAGCUGGAACUUUGGGGGCGUAUCGCACAAAUGUGAUGUUUACAGCUACGGGAUGUUGGUUCUUGAAAUGGUUGGAGCAAGAAAGAAUUUGGAUUCGGCAGUGUUUCAUACCAGUGAAAUGUUUCCGCAUUACGUUUAUAAAGAUCUAGAGCUAGACAAGGAUGAGAAUGCUUUUGGGGCGACCACAGAAGAGGAAAAACAAAUAGCAAGAAAGAUGGUAUUAAUAAGUCUGUGGUGCAUUCAGAUCAAUCCUUCUGAUCGGCCAUCAAUGAGCAAAGUGGUAGAGAUGCUGGAAGGACCCCUUCAUUCCUUGCAAAUUGCACCAAAGCCUUUGUUGGUUUCUCCUACAAUAGCUGCAGAAGACUCUAUGACCACAUCUCAACCAUCUGAAACAGAAGACUCUAUGACCACAUCAAAGCCUUUGCGUGUAAGCUUAAGACAUAUCGGUAUAUAAGUGUUGAUUUUCAAUUUUAAG